AUGAAGCGAGUUCACAAAAUUGGCACCCAAAUUACUAUUGUGAUUGUGAUAAUUCUAACUAAAGUGCUGUUAGAGAAAUAUUUGACUUUAAAAUGCGCCUUGCUUUGUUCGCAAAUACACAUUCAACAGAGCAAAGAAGCAUGUUAUAGACGAGUUUCAAAUUUCAGUUUCCAGGAGAAAUAUGAAAAUACAUGCACAUGCAUAGUUCCAGAUAAAAUCAAUCGAAAGAAUCGUCGAAAGCAUUUACCAUUUACAUCACCGAUAAGACGACCAGUUUUAUGCGAAUUACAAAAUUCUUACGUUACGUAUGAAAGCUGUCUAGGGAUUGAUGAAGCGAGUUCACAAAAUUGGCACCCAAAUUACUAUUGUGAUUGUGAUAAUUCUAACUAA